AUGCAGGCCCACGGCAUCGCCGUCCGCGCCCGCGGCCCGGUGGCGGCGCCGGGCCCCGCGCGCCGCCGGCAAUGCCGCGUCUCGGCGGCGGCGGCGGUCACGGCGCCCGCCGCGCGCGCCCGCGUGACGCACUCGAUGCCGCCGGAGAAGGCGGAGGUGUUCCGGUCGCUGGAGGGCUGGGCGGCGCGGUCGCUGCUGCCGCUGCUCAAGCCCGUGGAGGAGUGCUGGCAGCCGACGGACUUCCUGCCCGACUCCUCGUCCGAGAUGUUCGAGCACGAGGUCCGGGAGCUGCGCGCCCGCGCCGCGGGGCUGCCCGACGAGUACUUCGUCGUGCUCGUGGGUGACAUGAUCACGGAGGAGGCGCUGCCCACGUACCAGACCAUGAUCAACACGCUCGACGGCGUCCGCGACGAGACCGGCGCCAGCGCCUGCCCCUGGGCGGUCUGGACGCGCACCUGGACCGCCGAGGAGAACCGCCACGGCGACAUCCUCGGCAAGUACAUGUACCUCUCCGGCCGCGUCGACAUGCGCAUGGUCGAGAAGACCGUCCAGUACCUCAUCGGCUCCGGCAUGGAUCCAGGAACGGAGAACAACCCGUACCUGGGCUUCGUGUACACGAGCUUCCAGGAGCGCGCGACGGCCGUCUCGCACGGCAACACCGCGCGCCUGGCCAGGGCGCACGGGGACGACGUCCUGGCGCGCACCUGCGGCACCAUCGCGGCCGACGAGAAGCGGCACGAGACGGCGUACGGGCGCAUCGUGGAGCAGCUGCUGCGGCUGGACCCGGAGGGCGCGGUGCUCGCCAUCGCGGACAUGAUGCGCAAGCGGAUCACCAUGCCCGCCCACCUCAUGCACGACGGCCGCGACAUGAACCUGUUCGAGCACUUCGCCGCCAUCGCCCAGCGCCUCGGCGUGUACACCGCCCGGGAUUACGCGGACAUCGUCGAGUUCCUUGUCAAGCGGUGGGAGCUGGAGACGCUAGAGAGCGGGCUCUCCGGCGAGGGCCGCAGGGCCAGGGACUUCGUCUGCGGGCUCGCGCCGAGGAUGCGCCGGGCCGCGGAGCGCGCCGAGGACAGGACCAAGAAGGACGAGCCCCGGAUGGUCAAGUUCAGCUGGAUCUUUGAUAGGGAAGUGGUUGUUUAG